CUUCCUGUUCUGUUCUACCUACCCUGGGAAAAAUUUGCUUUUGAAUUUUCCAGCAGCAGUGGUAUUGUUGGGGUUGGUGCAUUUUCAGGAAGGGUUGUACAGAGGAAAUGGCUGCCAAGCAAAGGUCUAGAAUAAAUGUUGGCCUCCAGGCCCAAGCGGCACGAGGGCAUGCAGGUGUCAAAAUGGACGGCCGCGACCCAACAGGCCCGAAACUGACAGAAGGGAUUGAAAGAGCAGGAAAAUCCCCCCGUGUCCUUCAGGUCGGGACCAUCAGGGAGUUUCUCGACUGGGCUGCUCCCAUGCAAGUGAAACAAGAACCAGAUGAGGGGUUACCGGAGCACUGGGAAGCCCAGUGGCAGGAGUUCCUCAAAGCCAUGCAGUCCCCUCACUUGGGUUGGGGGGGGAACUCGCAGCUGCCGGAGGAGGCUGUGCCAUGGGGGGACAACAAGGCUUUCUUUGCUUCCUUUGAGCGACUGGCUGGUACUUGCCAGUUGCCUCGUCGGGAAUGGUUGGCUCGCUUACUGCCUGUCCUGAGCAGAGAGGCCAAGGAGGCCUACAGCAACCUUAACCUCCAAGACCGAGGCGAAUAUGCGAAAGUCAAGGCGGCCAUCUUGAAAGUGGAUGCCAUUCGGACGGAGACACAGCGCCAGCGCUUCAGGCAGUUCCGUUAUCAUGAAGCCAGAGGCCCCCGAGAGGUGUGUGGCCAGCUCCGCGAGCUCUGCCGUGGGUGGCUGAAGCCGGAAAAGCACACCAAAGAGCAGAUUUUGGACCUUCUGGUCCUUGAGCAGUUCCUGACCCUCUUGCCACAGGAAAUCCAGAGCUGGGUCAGGGAGCACGACCCAGAGACCUGUGCCCAAGCAGUGCCCCUGGCUGAGGCUUUCCUGCGGAGGCGGCGAGAGACGGAAAUAAAUGAAAAGAAGAUGCUGGAGGCUGACCUUGUGAAUUGGCCAGAGACCAAGCGGUCUCCUGCAGGCACUGGGCUGAAGCGGCUCUGCAGAGAGGUCAAGCAAGAAGAUGCCAGAAUCCUGGAUGCUAGUGGCUCUGGUGGUGACCGAACAGGGAAGAAAGCCAAUCGGAGUACAGAGAAUGGGCUGAAGAGUUCUAGCAGAGCCCAUCAGGGACACAGGAGUUUCCAGAGUCCUGACAACAGGAAGGGUUUUCACCCAAACCCAGCCCUCAUUAAACUCCAGAAAAACCAUGUAGUGGAGAGUCCCCAUCAGUGCCCUGACUGUGGGAAGCGCUUCACUCAGCGUUCGAGCCUCACUAUCCACCGGAGAAUCCACACAGGAGAGAAGCCUUAUCCUUGCCCCCAAUGUGGGAAAUGCUUCCGCCAAAGUUCAAACCUUCUCAAACAUCAGAGAAUCCACUCUGGCGAGAAGCCCCAUCAAUGCCCCGAGUGCGGGAAAUGUUUUGCUCAGCGCUCAAACCUCCUCAUCCACCAGAGAACCCACACAGGAGAGAUGCCCUAUGUAUGCUCUGAAUGUGGGGCAUGCUUUAGCCAACACCGAGGCCUCGUCACUCACCGAAGGAUCCACAUGGAAGAAAUGCCCUAUGGAUACGGCUGCCCGGACUGUGGGAAAUGUUUCCAACAGAACUCGGACCUCACUAAACAUCUGAGAGUCCACACAGGCGAAAAGCCGUACAGCUGCUCGGAGUGUGGGAAGAGCUUCAGUUACAGCUCCAAUCUCAGCAAACACCAGAGAAUCCACACAGGAGAGAAGCCUUACCUCUGUAACGUGUGUGGGAAAAGCUUCAGCCACUUGUCAACUCGGAACACACACCAGAGAGUCCAUACAGGAGAGAGGCCCUAUGGCUGCAGCGAGUGUGGGAAAAGAUUCAUUUCCAGCUCCAAACUCACUCGGCACCUGAGAACACACACUGGACCUACCCCUUACAUCUGCAACGAAUGCGGAAGGAGCUUCAAUUCCCAUGGUACUCUGACUACACAUCAGCGAGUCCACUCAGAUGAGGGUUACAAUGUCAGAAAUUCUUGGGAAACUGCUGAGCAGGGGCCCAGCAGCCUCUCAGGCAGGGCGUCAACUCUGUGAUUGAUGCCUGUUUCUGUUCCUUAUGAUUUAGCCUGUCCUGGUCAUCUAGGUUCAUUGUGAUACGUAUAGGAAGGGUGCUAGUCCCUAAGGUGUUGGAAUGUGGAGGUCUGCACUGUGCAGGCAGGACGUGAGACUAGGGAAGGAUAUAGGAGUAGUCUGGUGGUUUUGAAAAUAGAGGUAGGUUGAAAAUAGGAUAGUAGGGAGGCUGGAAGGUAAGAUUUCAGACUUCUGUUGCCAGUUUAAUUGUAGGAGCAGAAUAAAGCCUAGUGCAGAAGAGAAGUCCCCAACGCCCAUUAUAGUCAGUCCCUCCCAAGCACAAAAACAACUGUUUUGAGCCUUCUCUUAGCAAAGCAUGCCCCAACUGCAAUUUAGCCAUGUGACCGGUAAAUGGAACCUCCAGGUGCAGAAGCAGUAUACCUCCAAGUGCUUGGCACAAACAGGGAAAAGCUGAUGUCUUUGAGCUUUGCCCGUGAGCUUCCUAGAAAGAUCAUCCUGGCCUGUGUUGUAAAGGAAGCGCUGGACCUUUUGGGGUCUGAAUCCACAAUGUAGUGUUGAUCUCUUGUGAGGAGAAUUGUGCUGUGUGUCGCGGAUCAUUCCAUGAGCAGUGUUCAGUAGGUGAACGUGUCACUUUUAUAACCAGGGGAGGGCCGUAGCUCAGUGGUUCUGCAUGCAGAAGAGCCCAGGUUCAAUCCCUAGCAUCUCCAGCUGAUAGAAGACCCUUGCCUAAGACCUUUGAUAGCCACUGCCACUCUGUGCAGACAAUAGCAAAGGUCUGACUGCAUAAAGCAGCUUUGUGUAUAUGUUCAUAGUUGCCUGCUUCAGAAUAGGUACAUACCCAACUCAUGAUGUGAGUCGGGUGUGUCAUUUCCCCCCGAUAAAUUUGUCUCUGGUUUGGAAGGUGAAAUGAGAUUCUUCGUGUGAAAUAUAUGAAAUUUGGAGGGACAGUUGAAGAUGCCUCAGCACUCAUGUGGCAAAAUCACAAGGUGGGAGACUGCUCUUGGGGAAAAGGUGACCCUCCCACUCCCCCCCCCCCGCACGUAUUCUAAGAAAUCUUGAGACUACCAAACCAAUUCUGAAUCGAGUUAGGUUCAGCCACUGGUUCUAAUCUGGGGCAGAAUGGCCUGUUCUAAUGAUGCAAAGUUGCAAACUAGAUCACAGUUUGAGUGGUGAGAAAGAGCAAUACCUUUGUAAAGCAGGCCUUGACAAAUUUUCUUUGGAUUCGGGAGUCGGACAUCUGACAAAGUUACGGACUUAGAGGCUGACAUUGUGAAGUGGGGCAGUAAACGGGAUUCUCUUUAUCCCCUUUACCAAUGACAUACUUAGAACAGAAACAGAGCUGCUUGGGACAAAUAUUAUUAAAUAACCGUACCACUGAAUAUCCUAGUCUAGGUGCUAUGGCUUCCUGGCACCUGGGAUUUGUCAAGCCCUGCUAACAAACUUUAGGGAAGAGAUCUAGAUCAGGACCUGUCUUGUGGUAGAAAGCAUAAUUUGUCCUCUUUACUAAGCAGAGUCCGCCCUGGUUGCAUAUGAAUGGGAGACUGCAUGCACAAGCACUGUAAGCUCUUCCCUUUAGGGGAUGGGGCUACUAGCACCUGCCUGCUUGCAUGCAGAAGGUUCCAAGUUCCCUCCCUGGCAGCAUCUCCAAGAUAGGGCUGAGAGAGACUCCUGCCUGCAGCCUUGGAGAAGCCGCUGCCAGUCUGUGUGGAUCAGAGAUUCUUAACGUUGGGCCCCAGACGGUAUUGGACUUCAACUCCCAUAACCCCCAACCCCAGUGGCCGUGGGUUGGGGAUUAUGGAAGUCCAAAAACCUCUGGGGACCCAGCGUUGAGAAUCCCUGGUGUAGACAAUACUGAGCUUGAUGGACCAAUGGCCUGACUUGGUAGAAGAAGGCAGCUCUCUACGUGUGGCUGCGUAUGACGGAAGUUGAGGUGCAGGGCUGUGCAACUUCAACCCUCCUACAGAUGUUUCCAGAUGAGAUUAAACCAGGGCCAGAGCCAGCGUCCCCUCUAACCUGGAUUCCCAGAUGUUGUUGACUACAACUCCCAUAAUCCCCAGCCAAAGGCCACGGCAGCUGAGGAUGCUGGGAGUUGUAGAGAACAACCUCUGGGAUUGCCUGUUAGAGGGGACGCUGGCCAGAGCUGUGAGAGAGUGCCUGGGUCUGGAGAACCCACACCCUCCUCUCUCUGGGGCCGCCUUGCUUGCCUGCCCUCCCCCUCUGCCAGCCACUCCUGAGGGGAAGGCUCCAGCAGCGGGCUUCUCCUUCUUCCUGUGCCAUGUGGAACAUGCCAUUGCUGGGCGGUGGUGGGUGGUGGUGGUGUGGGGGAAGCUGCCACCCCCCCGCCGCCCAGCAUGCUGGGAGCAUGCUGCCACUGCGGGGGUGGGUGGGCACUGCCUGUGAGGACACGGGCCGCCCCUGCCCUCCCUACGUCCUUUGUUUAGCCCCCAUCGUUGUCUUUUUUUGCCUCCCUAAUGCCGAAAUGGCCUGCAAACAGGCCCUGAAAGGAAAGGGCUGGUAUUCCGAGACAGUGCUAAUAGAGGCGGAGAGUUCAGGGGAGCUGUUGAGCCGAACCAGGGGCUUCUGGAAUGACACGAGCCCUAUUGAGCUGUUAAGUGGGACGUGGGUACAGGUGUGGGUACACAGGUUUGUGGGAAUGAAUGUUCCUGUGUUCGUUCAAAAAGUACCAGAGAAGUGGGCUGUCGGGCCUGCGUUCGGCAGGACGUGUGGAUCCCUAUCCCUGCCUACGGCUCUGCACCUGUGUAGACUGUGCACGGAUUGUAAGUGCGUUGAACAGAACAUGGGAAUAGGAAUCUUACAUUGUAGGCGCAUGCAGAUUGCAUGCCCUACUACUUGGACAAAUAUUGAUAUACUGCUUUUCAAUAAAAGUUCUCAAAGCGGUUUACAGAGAUAAAUAAAAUAUUUUUUAUUUAUUUAUUACAUAAAUAAAUGCAAUGGCUCCCUGUCCCCAAAGGGUUCACUGUCUAAAAAAGAAACAUAAGGUCGACACCAGCAGCAAGCACUGGAGGGGUGCUGUGCUGGGGCUGGAUGGGAACAGUUGCUCUCCCCCUGCUACAUAGAAGAAGAUCGCUGUUUUGAAAAGUGUCUCAGCUCAGUUAGCAGGGCCUCACACGCACAUGUGUCUGUGUGAAUGACUGUAUAUUCAUUUUGAAAGUGAACCAGAGUGCAGAUAGGAAGCAUAUUCCUGUAUGUAUAUUGAACAUAAUGGCUGGCCUAAUGAGGAGAGUUGCUCAAAGUAGUGCCAUUGAAAUUAAAAGGACAAGUUAGGCUUUAAUUUCAAAAGGACAACUUGAAGUAACUUUCUUCCACUGUGUGAAUAAACUGUCCAUGCGUACAGAUCUGUGUGUGUGUACACUGUACACACAUGAUACAUGUGUUGAAUGUAAUGUGUGAAUAGGGCUAUUCUUGUGAAAACAUUGAGAAAUGUGAAUUAUAGCUCCAAGCAGCAGAACAGAUUUUGUUGGGCGUCUUCUGAUUAGAUCUACAGUUUUGCUCAUACCAGAGGAGUGGUCCAGCCUUCUUCCUACCUAGAUAGACCAAUGAGCCUCCUUCACGGAGAAACAUGAUGGCUGCAGGAAUGGGUCAACUGAGGGACCCAGGUUAUACAGAGUUGUGUAACCUGGGCCCCUGUGUAACUCCAGGUUAACUGGAGUUUUCCCAUGCUUAGAGUGACACAGCAUUGGCUUAAAAGCCUCCAGAAGACACUCUGGGCUGUCUUUUUCUCUAACUACUACUUUUGCUAACUCGGCAGAGGCCCCUUUUGCUAAGGUAGGAACAGCCAUUUCCCCCCCAAUUCAUCCAAGUUAUGUCUUUGAUUAAUAUGGCAAGUUGAAAUUAAUCCUGGUCCUCACUCCACAUGCGACACCAAGGAAUACGUAUUCUUGCAUCUGUCUUUUUUUUAAAAAAAAAAAGCUCUUACAGAGCUCACACCAGAGGAAAAGAGACUGUCUUGCACACAAAAUCUACCCAUUAAUGUAGCCUACAUGUUAAUUUCUCAGCCAUUCAGCCACCCUGAAUAAGUCCAAAUAGGAUUCAGAACCAAGAAUCGGAGUUCUAAACCCUUUCAAAGUUCCUUCAGCAGCUAGAGUUGUGUAGCAGUCAUGAACCUGAGUUAUGAAUCUAGAAGUUAAGCCCCUUGUUAGAAUCUCACUUGACCAGGAACUCUGUGGUUGGUCUUCCCAUUGCCUCAGCCUUUCCCCUCUGCAGUGUAGGAAUUAGAACACAGUACUGGCCUCCCUUAGAGGAUUUUCAUGAGUUAAGGUAGGGUAUCCUCCUCCACCCUUAAAAGUAUGCCCCCUACCUUCGAACCACCACCCCACCUCUGUUCCAUGUGCAUCUUUGUCAUCAAUGGCUUUUAGCCAUGUUGGCUGAACGGAACAUGGAUGCAAAUGGCUGAACGGAACAAAUACGUGACCAAGAACCGUAUAAAGAUGAGUUGUAUGAAGGGGGAGUGUGUUGAAACAGCUGCAGGGCUUCUUGCCUUCAUGCGCUUUGUUGGCUUCCGGGUGGUAUCUGGUAGGCCACAGAAAGUGGAUCUGGAUGAACCUUUGAUCUGAUCCAGCAGGGCUGCUCUUCUGCUUGUAGAUGGGGGCUGGGGAGUGGGAAGGUGAAGCCUUGAUUCUCAGUGGCUGCAGGGGUAAAGCCGGUUUAUCCCGAUCUCUAUACUGUCCCCAUGUGAGCUUCUGUAGAGCCCUAUAUAAGUCUUUGCCACUUACUCUGUCCUUUGGGCGGGGGAGCUGCAUCGGGAGUGGAAGCAGAGGCACUGUUGCAGAGAGGGCAGAGCCCGGCCUCCACCCCGUCGUAUCGGAGAGUGGAGGGCAGGUGGAGCUCUCAUGCGUCUCUGUGCAUGGUGAUGUAUGGCCAACCCCUGCCGUGUCUUUCUCUGUACGUAUUCCCCCUGCAGUGUGUCUCUGUGCAUGUAUUGCUACCCCCUGUGACAUGUCUCUGGGCAUGGAGAUAUAGUGCCACUCCUUGCAAUCUGUCUCUUUACAUGGGGGCAUGCUGUAUUGCUGCCCUCACAUGGGUCCUUGCAAGUGUCAAGUAUACCACACACACACCCACACACACACAGGCUGUUCUCACAUGCAGCCUAGCCUGGGCUAGAGAUGCCCAGCCCUGGUUAGACUGUGCAUGAAAAAUGCUGGGAUUGGGCAUGAUCCUGGUGGGGCAGCGCUGUUUACCCCAGCUGUUAGCCAAGGUAAAGGGAGCAAGUUCUCCCUUACCCUGGCCUCAUGUGUUCACUGGGGCUAUGUUUAGUCCCAGCAGACACAGAGACUGCCCAUCUCUUGGGGGAAUCCCUGAAUGCAACAUAUGUGUUGUGCAUUGCAUUGUGGGAUUCACAGAGGCCAGAGCAACAAGUUCUGGUCCCGGAUCCCUCCAUGAAGCACAGAGUGGGGCAGCUUGUGUGAGAGCACGGAGCGUGUUCCUUCUACCACUCCCUCUAUCAUCUGUGGGGAAGGUAAGCCUUUUGGAGCCUAACCCAACCCAACCCUCCGCUCUUGGUGACCGUGAGAAUCACCCCACCGUCUGUCCUACUUACAUGUAUUUUGCUAGUUUUAUUAAUAUUCCCUGCUGAGUUGCAAGGGGUAGAGUGGGAUGGGUGAAGGAGUUCACUGCAGCAGCAGACCAGUUUAAAAAUGGCCUUCCCUCAAAGGAUGGAGGGGAGUGAGAGGGUGACGUGUCCCUUCUUGAAUGCUGGGCUCUCUAGUAAGAACCUCUGGAUGAAGUCUGGGACUGUGUAUACUGACUUUGUGCUUUGAACAAUAAAAUAAAAUCUGCAUCAAGAAAAGUUGGAUGGAGGACCUUGGAUCUGUGAUUAAA